GGCUUUCGACAUCUUUCGCGAACAGAGAUAACUUGGCGUAAUACACUUCCAUCGUAUUUUGGACGUCAGAGGGGUGUGUAACACCAUAGCAGUCUCGUGUUAGAGGCGAACGUCGGUCGGCGACGUCUCCCGCACUGAAGAAGCAUUGUUCACCCUACUGUAGCAACCAGCUAAGGGUUAGUCCGUGAAGUCUUGGACCGAGUCUCCCAAGGCACGCACUCGCGCCGACGUGCCGCAGACCCCACGCAUCGGCAGAGGGAUGGACAGCAACGGAUCCGUCGAAAAAUGCCGCAGCACCAAGACCCGCAUUCGAACCGAAAGUACACCACUGAAGCUCGACGCCCAUCUCCUGGAUAACGGACCCUAUCAAGGAGGGGACUUGAACCGAAAAUGCGCCCUGACGUUGAGCAUCGUUUCGGUGGUCUUCAACCUCGUAGUCGGAGGCACGGGCUUUGUGUUUGCGUUUCAAAGGAACAGUGCUUCAAUCUACGCGUUUGCGGCGGAGUGCCUUCUAGACAUGCUCUCCUCUAUCAUUGUGAUAUGGCAGUACCUGACACCACACUAUUCAUUUGCAAGAGAGAGAAUUGCCUGCAUGCUACUGGGAUUGUUUUUUAUUAUAUCGGCCAUCGCCAUCAUAAGCAAAGCCAUGGAAGAUCUCAUCGUACGAGAGAGUCCCACGUGGAUACCGAUUCUCAUAAUUCUGGCUGGUGUUGGAGCGGCGGCUUGCUUUGCACUAGCGCUUGUCAAAUUUGUCCUGGCUAGACGGAUGGGAAGCCUAUCUUUAGUGUUGGAUGGGAUUAACUCUUUAAUCAGCGCUUUUUGUGCGGUGGCCAUCAUAGUGAGCGACCUCGUGUACGACUCGAACCCCGAGAUAUGGUACAUGGACGCUGUGCUGAGCACCGUCGCAGCUCUGGUCAUGUUGCUGGUUGGAGCCAAGGUCCUGUUUGAGAACUGGUCCUAUGGACGACAUGGUCAUGCCCCACUCGAGUAAACGUUUCCAUAGAUUAUUAUCAAAAUAAUGCUGCGAACAAAAGCGAAGACAAGCGACUGACCUUCGGGCAGAUUCAGCCGAAGGGAUGGCCUUCGGGCAGUGAUUCAGUGCCCUUGACGGCGUCUUGUUUUUUUCGAGCUUGGGACUUAUCUGUGAUGAAGUAUGAGCCAGAAUGCACAAAAAGAGGACAGUGAUGUGAGCGGAGCAUUUUUUUAAUCUGCUGGACAGAUGGGAUCGACAACCACGAUUUUUUUUCGCUUGUGUAACACAUAUUUAAGCGUGUGCGUGUGUUUGGGCUAUCCGGUGAACUCUCCGUUUUUGGAUCAUUCCUGCGCUGGCCGUUGUGACGGUGCUUUUCACUUCACGGUGGCCUUCAACUUGUUUCAUUGUGUAGAAAAAGAAAAAAAAAAAGAAAGGCGCUGUAGCACAAUUUUUUGUGUUGAACGUUUACACCUUUGGUGUUGUACUUUCAUUUCGUUUUAUCCCCAUAAUUUGUUACAUUGUCUACGCCUGGUGAUGCCCCUAACAUGGGCGGUGAUGGUAAGUGCGGCGUGUUUCAACACGAUUUAGACUUUGUAAGCUCGGCCGGCAGCAUUACCUCUUUUUGAAACUCUGUUGCAUCUAACUGUGAUCUUCCAGUGCCUUUCGCGGUAUAUUGCUUAGGUUCGAUUGGUCAAGUCAUGUACGGUUGAAUGUGCACGUUUUUUUUUUUAUGUUAUCAACAUUUUUAAUGCAUGUGGUUGACUGCUAUAGUCAGUAACAUCUAAUUGUGUUGUUUUUUAAAAUUAAUUGGAGGCUAUUGUAACUUUGGAAACUAUAAUAUGUAAGUUUUCUCUGAUGCCAUGGAAGUAUGAGUAAAGUGCUACUUUUUGAUAAUGUGCAAGUUUAAUAGGCGCCUCGAGAAGUGCGCUAAGAAUUGGAGCACUUGUAUUUAUUUAAACACCAAUUCAACACCAUGGAAUUGUCGCUGCAACUCUUUCUCGCGCUGAAUGUUUGCUUAGUAGUGUUUUCGUUUCGCUUGUGUGCCCUAAAUGUUGGCUUGUUUAUUUUAGAAUUUUUCUCUUUUAUGUUUGCUUCGCUUGAGAUUCUCUCCAAAUGUAGCCGGAGUUUCCUUUUUAUAUGUCCUUGCUCGUUUGUUUUAGGCUUGUUAUUUUAACCUGAUUUGAUGACGUCUCUUACUCGGUUACUUUGUACAUACGCUGUCAUGCAUGGCGUUGGGGUUUACGACGCAUCGCUGGUGUCCAUCGAUUCUUUUUUUUUUUUUUUUGCUGUGGAAUGCGUUUUGUGCACGAAUGAAUUGAUUUCUUUCACCUUUAUGUGUACAUUUCAUUCCUUGAUUUAUUUUUUUAUGUGUAAAAAAAACUAUGAAAAUGUUUGGCGGAGAAAUAAAUUUGUUUUGCUUUACUGAGAA